AUGAGUUUGGCCUGGGUCACUUCUUUCGAGAAGGAGCAUCUCUGGAUGUAUUUGCAGGCACUCAGCUUCUAGCCAGGCUCAGCGACUGUAGCCGGUGGAAAGAUCGUGUCGCACAUGCACCUCGGAGUGAACAUGUCUGACAAGUUGAACAGUGAUGCCUUUCAGAUAGCUUCUUAUUUUUUGUUUCAAACGCUUGACCAGUCUCUCACUAAAGAAGUUUUCAAACUUUGUUGGCCUCCAUUUGACCAAAAAUGUGAUACUGAAUUCCAAAAACAUUGCUGUGAAUGGUUAAAAAAGAUUUCUGCCGAAUGUGGAAGUAGCUUUCCUCAAGUUGUUGGUUCACUAUUUCUUUCUCCUGGUGGUCCUAAGUUUAUUCAUCUGAUGUAUCACUUUGCAAGAUUUGUUGCAAUAAAUUAUAUAAAAACCCAUUCUAAAAAUUCUUCUGUACAUUUUACAGAGACAUUUAACCUAAAGCCACAAGAGUUGUGCAAGUGCAUUGCCAGAUGCCAUGUAGCACAUAACAGAGUUUUAAAAAUUUUGCAAAGAGAAGAUUGUGUUACCCGAAAAUACCAGGAAAAUGCACAACUGUCAGUUAAACAAAUACGAAAUUUGAGAUCAGAAUGUAUAGGACAGCAAAACCAAAUAACAAUGGAACCCUAUGAUGACCAAAGUAAUAUACAAGAGAAAAUUCAAAAGGUUCGGUCUUUGUGGGCUUCAGUGAAUGAAACACUCACGGCUUUGGAAGAAGAGAGAGAAGUUGUUAGUUCAGUCCUUAGUCUGGUUAACCAAUAUACUUUAGAUGGAACUAAUGUUGCUAUCAAUAUUCCAAGGCUCUUACUUGACAAAAUUGAGAAACAAAUGUGUCAGCUGCACAUAGGAAAUGUUUAAGAGGCUGGAAAAUUGAAUCUCUUAACAGUUAUUCAGUUAUUAAAUGAAGUCUUGAAAGUAAUGAAAUAUGAACAUUGUCAGGCUAACCAAGCAAGACUGGCAAUAGACCUUCACUUCCUUGAAAAAGAGACCAAAUUUCAGAGAGAAAGACUGUCAGAUCUGAAGCAUAUGAGUCUAAUUAAAGAUUGGACUCCAGCUGUGGAUCUUUUAUCACCUAUGUCUACCCUUUCAUUUGAUCCUGCCUCAGAAGAAGCAUAUGCGAAGAGUGUUCUUUUGCAGUACCCUGCUUCACUUCCAGAUACACCUAAGCAACAUAUCCAGGAAAAUGAUUGCAGAAGGGCAAGUGAUAUAGUGGAAACUAAAUGUGAUCUAGCCAACAGCCCUGCUUCUUUCCUGUUGCAGCCCAUUUCACCAUCAGAUAGAAACAGUGUUACACUACUUGAAAAGGACACAAAGUUGACAACUCCUAGAGAGAAAAAUGAAAUAGUUUCUAAGAAAACACCAGAACUUGAAGUGUAAGACUCUUCAUCAUCAAAUAUUGCAAAGAGCAGUGCAUUUGGAGGGUCUCUGCCAGCUAAGAAAAGUGAUCCAUUUCAAAAAGAGCAAGAUCAUCUGGUAGAAGAGGUUGCAAGGGCAGUUUUAUCUGAUUCACCACAGCCUUCUAAAGGAAAAGUAAUAUUAGAGGAACUAAUUGUCUCUAACCCAUUCUUAACAAGGAAUCAAAUCCCCCGAACUCCAGAAAACUUGAUAAGUGAAAGCAGGAGCUCAUGGAGAAAAGCUGUUAAAAUAGAAGAUAACAGAAGUACAGAACCAAUUCAAAUGGAUACUGAACAUACAGAAGUAUUGUCAGAAUCCUUACCUGUGGUGCAUAAUCAAAAAGAGUUUAACAUGGCCAUUUUUUUUCUCAGCACCACUGUGUCCAAUUCUAGCCAUUCUCAUUUGCCUGAAGAGAAAGUUGUUUCAGAUUGCCUCAAGUGUGUGCUUCAGAAACCUGUGCUGACCAGUUGCAUAGGUGAACCAACAACACAAAAUCUGUCAGAUUUGUUAAAUAAGGACAUAAUUUGUAAGCAAGAUUUCGAAUGUACAGCUUUACAGAACAAGCUUUUAGAAACUAGCCAAAUAGAGACAUUCUCCCCUGCUGUAGGCAAUAGGAGAGAUGUGAUAGGUAGCAGUGAAGAAGAGUAUAUUAAAAUAUUAGACCACUCAAAAGCUUCUUACAAAGAUCUUUCCAUGCAUAAAAGUAUGUUAUGGAACUCUUUUCAGAUAUCAAGUGGAAUUAGUUCCAGUUUUAAAGAUAGUGAUUUUGGCAUAUUACAUGAAACUCUUCCAUAAGAAGUUGGUCACUUAAGUCUUAAUAGCUCCAGUAGUACAGAGGCCAAUUUUAAACUGGAACCAAAUAGUCCUAUGCACAGUGGCAUUUUCCCAGAAGGUGUUGUGGGAGGAAGACAGAAUACUCCAGAAUCAGACUUUAAUUUACAGGCUACUUGCAGUGGAUAUGAGGCUCUGAAGAAAUCUCUGUCCAAGCAAAGGGAAGAAAUUUGCCUCUCUAAUCCUGAAACACUUGAAAGACACAAACCAGAAUUGAGCCUUACUUCCCAAUACGUGCAAACUGAUGAUAUGCUUAACUUUUUGGGCACUCAUGAUUUGCACAUUGACUAUACAAAACCAUCUUCACGCAUGUCUCUUGGUGAGAGAAAACGCUCUCUUUCACCACUAAUUAGGUUUUCUCCAGUGGAACAAAGAUUGAGAACCACAAUACCAUGUAGUCUUGGAGAACUUCUACCUAAUUUAACAGUCAAUUUUGCUGAAGAAGAAAUCUUGAAUAAGAGGCUUGAUGCAAAAGAAUCUCCAUCUGACUUGAAAGAUGGAGCAGUAGCCCAGUCAAUUUAA